UAUCGGCGUGUUGACCCAGAUUUAGCGUGAUAACAAGGCUGGAGUAUGUUUACCUUGCCUGUUUUGUAAAUAGAAAUAUAGUCAUGAGACUGAUUGAUUAAUAUGACUUUCACCUUCCACCAAGAAGAAUUUUACUGGAGUCAGGGGAGAAAUGGCAGAAGAAACGGCAGACUAUGAGUAUGAUGUCUUCAUAUCCUACAGCUUUAAAGAUAGUCGGGAGGUGGAGCAGCUGUCUGAAGAUUUAAAAGAGGAAGGGGUGAAAUGUGUGUUGGCAGAAAGAGACUUUGAUCCAGGAAAACCAGUGCUGGAGAGUAUUAUCAAUUGCUUUGAACAUUCCAGGAGAUCAUUGCUCUAUAUUACUACACAUUCCAUAAAAAGCAAUUGGUGCAGAUUUGAAAAAAGUCUGAGUUUGGCCCAUGCAGUGAAAUCAGAAAAGCAGCAAGUAAUCCCUGUAUAUGCGAACAUCACGGAUGAAGAAUUGGAAGAAGUACCUGGCCAUUUGAGGGCCUUGGAUCCGAUUGAUAGCAGAAAGGAAAGAUUUUUUGACACUUUGUUAAGCAGGAUCAAAGCCCCAUUGGUUGGUCUGAAGAAAGCCCUUCCUACUGGUAAUGUCGCACAUGGUCUUGUAUGGGGGUACUUUUAUGGCUAUCUAAAUCUUAUCCUGCCAGGACUCAAGCAGAGAUUUCAGGAAUGGGAAGAUUUUGACCCACACUCCAGAAAAGGAAAAUACAUCCCUAAGUUCAUUAUCCUCCUUCCUGAGAGUUGCUACUGCUGGUCUAGCAUGAAUGACAAUGACGACCGGAUACAGAGAGCAGGGAACCUAAAACCAUUCAACAAAGCAAGAGCAGGGAAGCCAGAGAGAGAAUAUAAGAACUUUUUGUUUACGGUAACAGCAGAUGAUGGAGAGCUUUACUAUUUCUCUGGAGAAUACUCCACCCCACUUAUGUCAAUGCAAGAACUUGAGAGCGGACACCUGGCUGAGUUUGAUGCUAAUGCCAAAUGUGUGCAAUACGAGUUGUAUUGCCAGGUCCUGAAACAAGCACUGGACAGUGCUCUGCCAGAGGGCGCCAAGGAUACAUAUUUGCUGCUGAAGUAUCAAGAUGAGAUGGAAGGCGGAUCAAAGAAGUACCCUAUAGCUGAUUUGAUAGUAAAGGCAAUAAGGGAUGGACUGAACACAGAGGCUUCUGGUAACACCACACAACAGGAACAUGGUUUACCUACUGAGUUUGAGAAAGUGAAAGUAGGAGAAGAAUAUGAUGCAUUUGUGUGGCACAGUGAUGAUGAUGGUGAAGAAGUAGACAGACUCGUAGAAAAAUUGGAAAGCUAUGGGGACAGACAAUUCCGUAUCAUUCACAGGGGGAAAUUUGAAGUAGAUAAAAUGGAGACAAAGUCCAUCGAGGAAGCUUUGAAAAAUUCUAGAAAUACUAUAUUGUACGUGACUAAAAGAUUCUUGGAGUCUACACCUUAUUUGAACACACUUUUGAUGCAUGAGCGAUUGACUGAUGAUAUUCAGCAAGGACGGCUAACACUAGUCCCAGUCUUGGUGGAUGUGGAGCCUAAUGAACUGCCCUCUGUGCUGACGAAUGUAAUAUACAUUGAGAAAAGUAAAAUGACCGAGGAUGAGUGCUUUGGGAGACUGGUGAAAGCUUUGGAAGCUCCCAUUUUGAAGUUGAAAUCUGCCCAGCCAGCAGGAGACAUAGCCACGGGAAUGGCCUGGUCAUAUUACUAUGGAUAUCUCAAGCUCAUUUUACCUGGACUAAAACAGCGGAUAGAAGCAUCAAAUUAUUGGACCCAGGGGGGUUCCAACACGGUAGUCAUUCCCAAACUUGUUCUCCUUCUGCCCCAGAGUUGUUAUGUGUGGGACAAGCUUCAGGAUAGUGAUCAGAAAAUUCAGUAUGUAGGAGAAGUGAAGUUUAGGGUGACACGGGCUGGAUUGCCAGACAGGGACUAUUCUAGUCGUCUGUACAAGUUUCAGUCUGAAUCUGAUGGAAAGGAAUAUGUUUUUGCAUCAGAAUAUGCCACGGCCUUGUUACACCUGUAUGAAAUGGAAAAAGGACGCUCAGCGGGCCUUAAUGCUAAAGAAAUGAUGAAGCAGCAGAAGGAUUUCUGUCGUAUCUUGGGGGAAAUACUUAACAACGCAGAGGAAUGCCUGGGAAACUUCAUUCUGCUGCCAUAUGAUGAUACCAACUGCCAGUUUCCCAUCACCAAAGAGCUGGAAAAGAAGCUGAAAGAGCUAUCAGACGCCUCUCACCAAGGUGCCACAUGAUCACAUGCUUAUCUUGACAGAGCAACGGAUGCAGUUGAACAAACACGUAAGGAACCACCACCGCACUCUGACUCUGAGAAUUUCUUCACUACUUAUGGAGCAAAUGCACAGCAUCCACUGCAAUGAUGGUGAACAGACACAUUUACAAAAAAUAAUUUUGAAAGAUAUGCUGUCGAUUACUGGAUCUGGAUAUUCCAGAUAAGGAAGCCUCGAAAUGCUUGUUCUCUCGAGAAGCUGCUGAUCGAAACUUUUUAAAUUUUCAAUGGAAAAAGGACGCAGCUAGUUGGAAGCACUUCAUACUGCUAGCACUGGCACCGUAGUAUUUUGUUAAGCCUUGGGCCUGUGCUACAGAUGUAAAAUUUACAAAAAA